CUGUGCCAUGAGUGGGCUAAUUGCUGAUGCUAAGAUUUUAAUUGAUAAAGCCAGAGUGGAGACACAGAACCAUUGGUUCACCUACAAUGAGACAAUGAUGGUGGAGAGCAUGACCCAGGCUGUAUCCAAUCUGGCUCUACGGUUUGGAGAAGAAGAUGUAGAUCUGGGUGCCAUGUCUUGUCCCUUUGGAGUAGCACUGUUAUUUGGAGGAGGUGAUGAGAAAGAACCUCAACUGUUUCAUAUGGGGCCAUCUGGGACCUUUGUACAGUGUGAGGCUGGAGCGAUUGGCUCUGCUUCAGAGGUUGCCCAGAGCUCCUUACAAGAAGUUUACCAUGUCUAUGACUCUGAAAGAAGCCAUCAGGUCUUCACUAAACAAGGAAUGGAGGAGAAGCUGAAUACAACGAUCAGAGCUAGCCAUGGUGCAGCCUGGCCAGAAUUUCCCCAUGUUCACAAAGCAAGAACUUGA